AUGAAGCCCUCUCUUUUCAGCUUCGUUGCCCUCGUGGCAACGCCAGUAGUAGGACAGAUCAAUCUCUAUCAGUAUGGUCUGAACUCCUCCGUCACCUUGUCUGCUGCGUGCAGCAACGCCCUUGAGGCAACGCUGCAAUGCGAUCCGUACCUCUACACACUAGCCACAAUCGACCAUUUCGGUCCGCUGGGAAAUGAUACAUUCCAGGACCAACUCUGCCAAAGUACCUGCGGUACAUCUCUAACAACGUACCAUAACACUAUUUCUGAGCAGUGUGCAAAUGAUCCUCAACCUUGGGACGGUAUACCGGCCGUUUGGGCGGGAGAUAUUCUCUGGGCAACCUACAACCGCACUUGCCUCAAGGACCCCAAGACGGGAGUCUAUUGCACGAAUGAGAUUGGGGACAUCCAAACACUGCUCGGAGAGACGGACACGUCCCUGACAACUCUCUCCAAAGACCAGCUGUGCUCCCCUUGCGUGCUGAAUCUCAUCCAGCAGAUGCAGGCCACAGCCUACUCCAACUACAACGAGAACCACGUCGCCGACUGGGCUGCGAUCCAGCAGACGUGUCAGACAGGGCCCUUGCCAACUCAGGUUCAACCCCCCGCCACCAAUAUCACGGCGGUUCCGGGCGUGGACUACUCAGAUCCGUCGAAUGCCACAUGUCUUUCCAACAAUUUCUAUACUACCGUGGCUGGUGAUAAUAUCCAAGCCAUUGCCGAGGCGCAAGGAGUCCCCACAGGACCUCUCAAGACGCUGAACGGGAUCUUCCCAGAUGGAUCCAAUCUCCUAGCAGGACAGGUCUUGUGUCUGCCUCGGAAAUGCCAGAUCUACAAGGUACAAGCAAACGACACUUGCGCAUCAAUCGCUUCUGCCUAUAGCAUCUCGGUCGUUGACAUUCUCACGUAUAACCCCACCAUCAACACUGCCUGCUCCAACCUCAUCGCCGACACAAAUAUCUGCGUUGGGCCCUCAGGAGCACAGUAUACCCCCACCACCAUCGCCGGGGCCACCGGCACCAAGACUAACCAGUACGCCACCUCAACGGUGACCCCAGACGGUCCUACCGCCAGCGGCACCACAACGGAAUGCGGCAAGUACCACAAGGUGGUGGCAGGCGAUACCUGCGAGCAGAUCUCCCUGCAGUACUCCAUAACCACAGCGCUUUUUAUGGCGAUCAAUCCCUCCAUCGAUCAGAAUUGCUCAUCUCUUCCCCCAGGCGUUUACUACUGUGUCUUCCCUAUGCAGGACUGGAACUCCACGGCACCAAAUACAACCACCACUACUUCUACCUACGUGACAGCUCCCACCGCCACGCCGACAGGAACCACCCAGUACUGUUAUUCAUGGCAUGUGGUGGUCGCUGGCGAUCAAUGCUCCACUCUUGAAGCCGUCUACGGGAUUUCCUUUCCGCAACUACAGACCUGGAACCCCCAGAUCAAUGCCAACUGCACUAACCUCCUCCUGGGCGAAGCCUACUGCGUCAAAGGCGAUUCAGGUCCCACACCUACCUCUGUCUCGUCCACUCCAACGCCCACUUCGGUCCCUCCUCCCGGUCCAACCCAGUCGGGUAUUCCGGCUAACUGCAAUAAGUGGGUUAUGCAGCAAACCGGGGUUUACUGCUAUGAUAUGGCCGUGAGUGCUGGAAUCACGCUUGCCCAGCUUUAUCAGUGGAAUCCGGCGUUGAAUGGGGAUUGCUCGGGGCUAUGGGCCGGAUAUGCAUACUGUAUCGGGAUAUCGGGAUAG